AUGGUUAUUGCACGCUCUAUUAAACAAUAUUUUUCCUCAGUUGAAGUAUCUGAGGGUGCAGGCUCGCGUGUCCAUCGAGCAUUACCGACACCAAAGCUUCACAACCUUACACCAUUCGUCAUGCUCGAUCAUGUCGCCAGCGAAGCCAACAAGAUCGGAAACUUCCCUGACCACCCCCACCGCGGUCAAGAAAUUAUUUCAUAUAUAUUGUCUGGCGCGCUUGAUCACGAAGAUUUUCUGGGAAAUAAAGGUACCAUUGGGCCAGGUGAUUUGCAAUUCAUGAGUGCUGGCAGGGGCAUCAUGCAUGCAGAGCAACCACGACGGAAUGAUCCUGUUAACGAUCGGGAGGAUUCCAUCAUAGAGGCAUUACAACUGUGGAUUGACUUGCCGAAGGAGUUCAAAUAUAGUACUCCACAAUAUCGAGACGUGCGUGCCAAAGAGAUCCCCGUGGUUCACGUGGAUGAGGGGCGUGUUGUGAUCCGCAUUAUCGCUGGAGAGUCUCAUGGAGUGGUGUCAAAACAAAAUCUUGCAUACACACCAAUAUGGUACCUAGAUGUUACUGUUAAGCCUGGUGGACACUUUCAGCAGACCCUACCGAAUGCGUGGAAUGCCUUCGUCUAUAUACUGCGUGGCAGGGUUACUUUUACUUCAUCAUCAUCUGAUAAAAGUAUGAGCCUGGGUAGAUUUCACGUCGUUGUGUUUGAGCAGAAUGGAGACUUCAUCGAAGCCUCCGUGUCAGCUAAUGCUGACGAGAACGCACGUUUCAUAAUAUUCGCCGGGCAACCUCUCGAUCAGGAGAUUGUCCAUUAUGGGCCAUUUGUUCUUUCAAGCCUGGGAGAAGUAUAUCAGGCCGUGGAGGAUUUUCGUAAGGGUAAAAAUGGUUUUGAGAGGGCUUUGACAUGGAAAAGUGAAAUUCAAAGAAGGCUUGACUGCUAA